AAUGUCGAUUGAUGGAUAUUUUCUCCCAGUUCAGGAUUUACAAUGCGGAAUUUGCACCGAAUCAUUUGUGAAUAAUGAUCCGAGGAUGUUACCCUGCCAGCACACUUUCUGUCUCAACUGCUUGCAAGGUCUGAAAGAUAAGGGAAAGCAUUUUUCACGAAAUUCUUUCCUCUGUCCUGUUUGCAGGAAAAGCCACCAAUGGCCCAAUUCAGGAACAAAGGGCUUUCCCAAAAAUCUACUUGCCACAUCGCUCAAAGCAACAUAUCAAUCAAAAACGACGGCCGUCUCAUCGGCCAGCGAAAGAAAUCUGGAGAAUUGCCAGCGUCACUUUCAGCAAGCGAUCAAUCCGCUAACCGUCUGUAAAUCGUGUAGGCAAAAGAAUUUGUGUUUAAAAUGUCUAACGGAGCACGCAACUUGCAGCUUGGAGCCGUACGAUAAAUUCUCGCAAGAGUACGACGAGAAUAGGAAAAGGAUACAGGAAAAGGUGAAACUCUACAGGGAUAAUAUUAACGACGAGUUGAAAUCACUAUUGAGUCAGCUAAAGACUGCUUUCAACGACGUAACAAAGGUUGUUGAAGAGAAUAAGAAUAGGCUAGAGGGAGAGAUAAUGAAGAAAUUGGGGUCAUGUAAAGCCGAAGCAGAUUCAAUAUUGUCCAAGCAGGAGAAUGAAUUUUCCGAUUUAAAAUCGGCCGAGGAAAAGAUUGACAUUCUUCUAAGUACGAAAUUGACUUUUUAUCCUAGUUUAUCGUUGAGUAUAGGAAGUUUACGUAGGGAGAGAGACAAUGAGCAAAAUCGUAAAGUGACCACUGGGGCCGGUUAUUGGUCAUCUUAUUCCAAUCGAUUCGGUAGGAAUAUCCCAUUUGAUACAAGAGUAAUAUUGAACGGUUCUCCAGUCGGCUCCCAGUACUCUGAAUCCUGUACUAGUUCGGAGACGGAUAAGAUGAAAAGUUGA